AUGGACACCUCUUCAGCUUCUGAAUGUAGCAGCAGCACCGGAGAACUAAUGCUGGCUUCGCGAACCCCGAAGAAGAGAGCCGGAAGGAAAAAGUUCAAGGAGACUCGACACCCGGUUUGCCAUGGAGUGAGGAGAAGAAACCCCGGCAAGUGGGUGUGUGAAGUGAGAGAACCAAAUAAUCAAUCAAGAGUGUGGCUGGGGACAUAUCCGACAGCAGAAAUGGCGGCCCGGGCACACGAUGUGGCGGUUUUGGCCAUGAGGGGGCGGUCGGCUUGUUUAAAUCUUGCCGACUCAGUUUGGCGGCUGCCUGUACCGGAGUCUAACAAUGUAAAGGAUAUACAAAAGGCAGCGGCUGAGGCUGCAGUGGCGUUUAGGCAGACGGAAGACGCCAUGGAGUUGUUUAGACAGACGGAGGAUGCGGUGGUGGGAGCGAAUGAAUUGCCGGAAGUAGUGGUCUACGCCGAUGUCUAG